AUGCCUGCUGGACAGGACGAAAAGCCACCAAACUUAGUCUUUCUGCUACAACGCUUCACGGAAUUCGAAAAUGUGAAUCAUUUGUUAGCGGGGCGGUUGAAUGCGAAGCCGCGCUUCUUGCACACCACGUAA